CAACGGCAACCUGAGCCCCAGAGGAUCGCUUCCCCACGGGAAGGGCGGCGCUGCUGCGAACUAGGGUCAGUGCGACUCCAAGGUGGCAAGAAUGAGUUUGAAGGUACUGUUGAGGUUUAUCUGAACGGAGCCUGGGGAGCAAUCUGUGGCAGCCAUUGGGAUAAUAAUGAUGCAACAGUUGUAUGUCGACAGCUUGCACUUGGUGAAAAAGGUACAGCAAAACACAUACCAUUUGCUGGACUGGGCCUUACCCCUGUUUACUGGAGUGAAGUACGUUGCCGUGGUGAUGAAGAAAAUAUACUGUUAUGUGAGAAAGACAUCUGGCAGGAUGGAGCAUGUCCUCAAAAAAUGGCAGCUGCUGUCUCAUGUAGCUCUUCCUUGGCCUCUGUGUUUAUUCCGAUCCGCCUGGUGGGUGGGAGCCACGCUCAUGAAGGAAGAGUGGAAGUCUACCACGCUGGCCAGUGGGGCACCGUCUGUGAUGAUCAGUGGGAUGAUGCAGAUGCUGAAGUCGUCUGUCGGCAGCUUGGCCUAGGGGGGGUUGCCAAGGCUUGGAGCCAGGCCCGCUUUGGGGAGGGCUCAGGCCCAGUGCUGCUGGAUGAAGUGCGUUGUACAGGAAAUGAACUAUCUAUAGAGCAGUGUCCUAAAAGCUCCUGGCAAGAACACAACUGUGGCCACAAAGAAGAUGCUGGUGUUUCCUGUAUACCUCUUGCAGAUGGUGCCUUAAGACUAACAAGUGGGAAAGGCAGUCACGAGGGCCGCCUCGAGGUCUAUUAUACCGGGCAGUGGGGCACGAUCUGCGAUGACGGGUGGACCGAGCUGAACACACAGGUGGUUUGCCGGCAGCUGGGAUUUAAGCAUGGAAACAGUGGUCCCGAGAGCUACUUGGAAGGAGGUUCUGGGCCCAUCUGGUUGGAUGAUGUCAGCUGCUCAGGGAAGGAGUCAAACAUUCUGCAGUGCUCAAAAAGGGAGUGGGGAAAGCAUGACUGCAGCCAUCAGGAGGAUGUGAGAUUAAUUUGUCAUCCAGAUAACGACAGCCAUAAACUCUCCUUCGGCCCUCCCAUCAGGCUGAUGGAUGGUGAGAAUAAGAAGGAAGGACGUGUAGAGAUUUUUAUCAAUGGCCAGUGGGGAACAAUUUGUGAUGACGGAUGGUCUGAUCAGGAUGCAGCUGUAGUCUGCCGACAGCUUGGCUACAAAGGUCCAGCCAGAGCCAGGACAAUGGCAUAUUUCGGGGAGGGCAAAGGUCCGAUCCACGUGGAUAAUGUGAAGUGCACAGGAAGUGAGAGAUCCCUGGCAGACUGCAUCAAAGAGGACAUCGGGACCCACAACUGCCGCCACAGCGAGGACGCUGGGGUGAUCUGUGAGCACCCGGGCAAGAAGGCCCCCACAAACAGCAAUAAAGAUUCUCUUGCUUCUGUUUGUGGACUGAGGCUACUACAUCGUCGACAGAAGCGAAUCAUUGGUGGGAAAAACUCUUUACGGGGCGGCUGGCCGUGGCAGGUCGCUCUGCGGCUGAAGUCCGCUCACGGCGAUGGAAGGCUCCUGUGCGGGGCCACUCUCAUCAGCAGCUGCUGGGUCCUCACCGCUGCCCACUGCUUUAAGAGGUAUGGCAAUAACACUCGGAAUUACGUCGUGCGAGUUGGAGAUUAUCACACGCUGGUACCCGAAGAGUAUGAGGAGGAAAUCGGAGUCCAGCAGAUCGUGAUGCACGAAGAGUACCGGCCCGAGAGCAGCGACUACGACAUCGCGCUGGUGCGGCUGCAGGGCCCGGAGGAGCAGUGUGCCAGAUUCAGCACCCACGUCUUACCCGCCUGCCUGCCCUUACGGCGCGAGAGACCACAGAAAACGGCGCCCAAGUGCUACAUCACCGGCUGGGGCGACACCGGGCGGGCCUAUUCAAGAACCCUGCAACAAGCGGCCAUCCCUCUGCUUCCCAAGAAGGUGUGCGAGGAGCGCUACGGCAGACGAUUCACGGGCAGGAUGCUCUGCGCGGGGAGCCGCCGGGAGCGCAGGCGCGUGGACAGCUGCCAGGGGGACAGCGGCGGGCCGCUCGUGUGCGAGCGCCCCGGCGAGAGCUGGGCCGUGUACGGCGUGACCUCGUGGGGCUACGGCUGCGGAGUGAAAGACUCGCCGGGGGUCUACACAAAAGUCGCAUCUUUUGUGCCCUGGAUAAAGAGCGUGACCAAACUAUGAACGUCCCUAACCAAAAUGU